AUGGGGAGAAAACUGGAUCUGUCCAAGCUCACAGACGAAGAGGCCAAGCACGUCUGGGAAGUGGUUCAGCGGGACUUUGAUCUGAGAAGGAAGGAAGAGGAAAGACUGGAGGGGUUGAAGGGCCGGAUUAAGAAGGAGAGUUCCCAGAGGGAGCUGCUUGCGGACACGGUGCACCUGAAUGAGACCCACUGUGCCCACUGCCUGCAGCCCUACCGGCUCCUUGGGACCCCCAGAAGGCAAUGCCUGGACUGCCGCCUCUUCACCUGCCAAGACUGCAGCCACGCCCACCCGGAGGAGCCCGGCUGGCUCUGCGACCCCUGCCACCUGGCCAGGGUUGUGAAGAUCAGCUCCCUGGAAUGGUACCACCAGCACCUGAGAGCCCGCUUCAAGCGCUUUGGGAGCGCCAAAGUGAUCCGCUCCCUGUGCAGACGGCUGCAGGGGGGAGGUUUACCUGACAGAGCGCGAAGCUUGCCUGACAUCCACAGGGGGCCUGAGCCAAGCCUUGGUGAGGGAAGUGGAGACAGUGAGCAGACAGAUGAGGAUGGAGAACUGGACAUAGUGGCCCAGGCCCAGCCCGUUGGCAGCAAGAAAAAGCGCCUCUCCAUUCACGACUUGGACUUUGAGGCAGACUCCGAUGACUCUACUUGGUCUGGCAGUCACCCUCCGUAUUCGUCCCCAGUCCCAGCGGCCACAGACAGCCUACAGGCCUUCACAGAUGAACCCCAUACAAAGGACACCUCCCCGGAGGCCACGGUCCUGGAGGAGGCCAAUGUCAGCGCCUCUCGGUGCCAUCCCUGUCCAGAAGAGCAGAUGGACGGCCUCUCACCUGAGGGACAGGACACCCUCACUGAGCUCUACAUCCCUGGACAGUCGUGCACGACAGCCCCACGGACUCCUGCCACAGCCGGGACGAGUGCCAUCGGGAGUGAGCAGCUCCCCUCCCGGUAUCUGGCCGCCGUGGACACCUCCGAUGACGAGAGCACCCGGGCCCCCAGCGCGGCCUCCUGCCAUUCCGGACGGAGAGGCCGCUCUCCGUCCCAGAGCCAGUGUCUCACCAGCUACGAGCCCACAGAUGCCGACAGAGAAGAAGAGACCCUCAGGAGGAAGCUGGAGGAGCUGACCAGCCACAUCAGUGACCAGGGGGCCUCAUCCGAGGAGGAGGAGAGCAAGGAGGAAGAGGCAGACCUGGACAGGAGCCCCUCCAUCAAGGACCUCCCCGGGGCAGCCCCGGAGGUGAGCGUGGCUGCCGGCCAGGCGUACAGACAGGAAACCACCCCCCAGGACCCUCAGGACCUCGUGCAGCCCGGCAGGACCACAGACAAGGAGCUGCUGGAGCUGGAGGACAGAGUGGCCCUCACGGCCUCUGAGGUUCAGCAGGUGGAGAGCGAGGUCUCCAACAUCAAGUCCAAGAUUGCUGCCUUGCAGGCUGCAGGGCUCUCGGUGAAGCCGUCGGGAAAGCCCCAGAGGAAAUCCAACCUCCCGAUAUUUCUUCCCCGACUUGCUGGGAGAUUGGACCAGAGUCCUAAGGAUCUGAAUGCAGACCCUGCGGAGGAGGUAUGGGUGAUGACAGCGCCCUAUCUUCUCAGAAGGAAAUUCAGUAAUUCCCCGAAAAGUCAAGGUAAAGACGGGGCCUUCUUUGGUCGGCAGUCGGUGUACCACGGAUCCCUGACGCAGAGAAACCCCAACAGCAGGAAAGGGGUGGCCAACCACAGCUUUGCGAAACCCGUGAUGACCCACCAGCCCUAA